AUGGAUCCCAAAUUACUACAGAUCAUUCAGCUCAUUGAGUCAAAGAAGAAGUCCUCGCACCCUUGGAAGAGACAAGAACGCUACUCACAGCCAUACUACUCGUACUCGGCCACAGAGAAGCUAUGGCGAGAAGUUUCAGAUUUCAAAACGCAGACAUCACAGCCGGUUGCGAAAUUGUCGAUAAUGUCAUGGAAUAUUGAUUUCAUGCUUCCGUUCGCGAACGAGAGAAUGACUGUCGCAUUAAAGCACCUGGAAUCACAUGUCAAAGCCAAUUCAACUCCAACCAUCAUCAUGCUGCAAGAGAUGCUGGAUUCAGACUUAGAAUUGAUUAAAGCUCAACCAUGGGUGACGACGGGGUACAACAUUACUGAUGUCGACAAUACGCACUGGGAGAGCGGACACUAUGGAACAGUAACAUUGGUCCCACAAGCCUUACCCAUCAAUUCCGUCUUCCGAGUACACUACGAGAAAACCCAGAUGGAGCGAGAUGGUCUUUUUGUCGAUAUCGAUGUCGGCAAUGGCCAGACCAUCCGCAUCUGCAAUACUCAUCUCGAGUCUCUGGUAGCCGAUCCCCCCCUUCGGCCACAUCAACUUGCGACCGCAGCGCAGCAUAUGCAUGAUCCUGCAGUGAGCGGCAGUAUAUUGGGAGGCGACUUGAACGCCAUUCAACCAUUUGAUCGAAAUCUCCACUCGGACAACAAACUUCAGGAUGCCUACCUUGUACAGGGCGGAAAGGAAGACAGCGACGACGGCCAUACCUGGGGUCAGAUGGCUCAGGUCAAGCUGAGGAAUAUGUUUGGAUGUAGCAGGAUGGAUAAGUUAUACUUUGUUGGGGAUUUGAAGCUGGAAAAUUUCGAAAGGUUCGGGCUUGGUGUUGAGGUUGAAGACGAAGCCGUAAAAGAAAAGCUGAUCAAAGAAGAAGGUCUUGAUGGUGGCUAUGCCACUGAUCAUCUUGGUGUCAAGGCUGAUUUCAGCAUUAUCCCACCGCAAUCACCUGCUUCCAAGAUCUAG